AUGUCGACUUACGAAGAUCUUCUCGCCAAAGUCACGGCACCAACUCUCACAUCAGAAAACUGGGAAGGUAUUCUCGGAUUCUGUGAUCUGAUUAACAACGAUUAUGAAGGCCAGAAAACCGGAAUAAAAGCUCUUCGCAAGCGAUUGAAUAAUCGUGAUCCACAUGUCGUUCUUCUCGCAAUUUCAGUACUUGAUUCAUGCUGGGCCAAUUGUGAGGAGAGAUUCAGAAAAGAAGUCUCAUCGGCUCAAUUUAUUAAUGAGCUCAAAGCUCUCUGCACUUCUAGUCAACGCCAAGUGGCUGAAAAGAUGCGAUUGACUCUUCUGAAAUGGGUUCAAACCGAAUGUAAAAAUGAGCCGUCACUCUCAUUGAUCGUAUCUCUUUACAAAAACCUCGAAGCUGAUGGUUACUCAUUUGUUGUCGACGAUCCAAAGGCAAAGACCAAAGUUAUCCAUGCGAAAUACGCUAAUGAUCCAAACUACGUCGGUUCUGCCGCGGAGGAAGAAGCUAUCGCGAAAGCCAUUGCUGCUUCAUUAGCUGACGCCGAGAAACAAGAGAAAGCGAAGAAAUCGACGUCUUCCUCAAUGUAUCCAUCUACAAAAGCAACUAGUCCACCAACUCAAUCGAAUUCCAAUGCUCCAGAAAAGAAAGUUCGAGCUCUGUAUGAUUUUGAGGCUGCUGAAAACAAUGAGCUCUCGUUUGUGGCUGGAGAUGUUAUUGUUGUGACCGAUGAGAGCAAUCCCCACUGGUGGACCGGACGUAUUGGCACCCAGCAAGGUCUGUUCCCUUCCAGUUUCGUUACAAAUCAGCUCGAUGAUUCGAAAGCUAAAGAGGCUGAAACUGCUCAAAAAGCACCCGAAGUGGUUGCAUCUAUCAAUGAGGCAGUUCUUGUCCGCUGUCUUCAAGUACUCCAUGAAUGUGAUCCAACCGGAGAACGACCGGAUCCACAGGAUUUAGCUCAAUUGGAAGCUGCUUCUUAUGCUCAAGGAAGUUUAAUAGAUGCUCAUUUGGCAAGUAUCGAUCGACAGAGUAACUCUUUGGCUCAAAUUGAUAUUGCAAUUCGGGAUGUUUUGGCGUUGUAUGACGAUGCUGUCCAGAAGAGUGGAGGAUACCAACCGAAUAUGUAUCAACAGCCAAUGCAACAGUAUAAUUAUCAACAACCGCAAGCUCCCUACUAUCAACAAGCCGCUCCUCCUGCUCAACAAGUCCAGCAACAACAUCCAUAUCCUCAACACUAUACUCCAACUCCUCAACAACAGCAACAACAGUAUGCUUACCCUCCAAACGUGUCAACGGCCCCAGCUCCAGUUCCACAACAAGCUCAGCAACCCCAACAGCAACAACAAUGGGCGCCGGCUCCUCCAACCCAACAAUACUAA